UGAGAAUAAAUUUUAGCAAAAAGUUGUCUGUCAGCGUUGUUGCGUUGCUACAAAAAUAUUUAGAUUGAGUCGAUAACUAACUAACUUGCGUGAUUCAUAAAAAAUUUAUGAAGUAAAGAUUAGUUUGAGAAGGUUUGUUUUUAGUGUCACUGUAGGAUUUUUAGUGGUAUUACACGCGACGGGUUAAACAGGAGGAGAUUAUCUUUGCAAGAAAAUGCCGGCUUUUCCAGUUAGUGUGAAAUGGGGACGGGAGACGUAUAAGGAUGUCGACGUUAAUACGGACGAUGACCCGAUGGUCUUCAAAGCCCAAUUGUACGCCCUGACGGGAGUUUUGCCUGAACGCCAAAAGAUCAUGGUGAAAGGAAAGACGCUAGGCGAGAGUUGGGAUAGUUUUCCCAUCGCACCGAAAGUACCAGUUCUGCUCAUGGGGUCGAAAGAAGAGGACAUUUCACGUCCGCCCCCCGAGAAAAUCAAGUUUAUGGAGGAUAUGAAUGAGACCGAAUUGGCAUCUGCUAUGGAGUUGCCUCUUGGACUUCAAAAUUUAGGAAACACUUGCUACAUGAACGCGACGAUCCAGUGUCUCAAAACGGUGCCACCAUUGACCCAGUCUCUAAAAAAGUUUUCUGGUGGAGUUGGCCAAGAAGAAAAUGCAGUUGCGAUCACUGCAGCACUCAGGGACCUUUACAACGCCAUGGAUAAAGGAAUGUCGCUACCACCGAUUAUCUUGUUACAAACCCUUCACAAUGCAUUUCCACGAUUUGCUGAGAGGGGGGAAGGAAAUGUGUUUCAGCAGCAGGAUGCGAAUGAGUUGUGGACAGAAGUGGUUCGAAUGCUUCAACAAAAGCUCCCGGCCGAAGAGAGUGGAAAAAAGUAUGAUUCCGUAAUCGAUGAAUAUUUUGGAGGUAAAUUCUCUGUCGAAAUGAAGUGUGACGAAGCUGAAGCAGAAGAUGUGAUAAAGAGCGAAGAAAAGUUUUUGCAACUGAGCUGCUUUAUAUCGGAAGAUACGAAAUACAUGCAAUCUGGGAUGGUGAGCAAAUUGGUAGAAAAGAUAACGAAAAAUUCUCCGAGUCUUAACAAGGAUGCAUUGUACACGAAAACAUCUAAAGUGGAUCGACUUCCUGCCUACCUUACCGUCCAAAUGGUUCGCUUUUACUAUAAAGAAAGGUCGGCAACGAAUGCGAAAAUGUUACGUGAUGUCAAGUUUCCCUUAUCUUUUGACGCGUAUGAUCUUUGCACUAAACGACUUCAAGACAAGUUAUUGCCCAUGAGGGAAAAGUUUAAGGAAAUAGAUGAUGCCGAAGCAGCAAAGAAAAUGAGUCUAGAGGAAAAAGAAAAAAAUAAAUCCAAGACUGGACAGGUUAUACCUUUUCAAUUCGCAGAUGAUCCUGGCUCAAAUAAUUCUGGACUAUACGAGUUGCAGGCCGUUCUUACUCAUAAAGGUCGAACUUCAAACUCUGGACAUUACGUAGCAUGGAUCAAGCACAAGGAUGACGUUUGGAUCAUGUGCGAUGAUGACAACGUGAAUCCCGUAACUUCCGAGGACAUUUUAAAACUUUCCGGAGGUGGGGAUUGGCACAUUGCAUAUGUUUUACUAUAUGGACCGAAAGUACUCGUGCUCCCAGAAGGUCAAACUAUGGAACCUGUUCGAUGCGAAGUAACCUCCGAAGCGGAGAAAAUGUCUACGGAUUAAUCUAGUUUUAAUUUUUAACUGGAGCAUCAAAAAUAUCAACAUUUGUUAUACAUCAACAUGCUAAAUUAAAUGUUUCCUCGAUAAAAUCCAUUUUAUGUAUUCUCCCAAAUCACUCACAUAUUAUUUCGUUUAUAAUGAAGUAUUUAAGUAUACAUACAAAAGUUGUGACUUUAUACCUUGAAAAUGAUCAUAUGCUGUUAAGUAGUUCACUAAACAAACUUAAUUAAAUAAAUCAGUAAUACUUUAUGAA